AUGUUGUCGUCAUCAUCAGAAAAGAAGGUUCCAGUGCCAGUGCCUGGACAAAGAAAUAUUUUAAUUACUAGUGCUUUACCCUAUGUUAAUAACUAUCCUCACUUGGGAAAUAUUGUUGGUGCUGUUUUGAGUGCUGAUGUAUUUUCUCGUUAUUGUAAACAAAAAGGAUACAAUACUCUUUAUAUUUGUGGUACCGAUGAAUAUGGUACUGCAACAGAAACAAAGGCUUUCCAAGAAAAGACUACACCAGAAGCCAUUUGUGCUAAAUAUUAUCAACUUCACAAACAAGUUUAUGAAUGGUUUGAUAUUGAUUUUGACCACUUCGGAAGAACUAGUACAAAGCAACAAACAGAAAUUGCUCAAGACAUUUUCUUAAAACUUCAUCAAAAUGGAUUUUUGACUGAAAAGACUAUUGAACAAUUAUAUGAUGAAGAGAGUAAGACAUUUUUGGCUGAUAGAUUUGUCAAAGGUACUUGUCCAACUUGUUUAUAUGAAGAUGCUCGUGGUGACCAAUGUGACAAAUGUGGAAAAUUGUUGAAUCCUACUGAACUUAUUAACCCACGUUCAACAACUACCGGUUCUGUACCAAUCAUCAAGGAAACAAAUCACAUUUUCAUCAAGUUACAAGAUUUGCAACACAAAACAAAGGAAUGGUUCCAAAAUAAUAAGGAUACUGCUCAAUGGACUACAGUUGCUCGUUCAAUUACUCAAUCUUGGUUUGAUAAGGGACUUGAGGAAAGAUGUAUUACCAGAGAUUUAAAGUGGGGUACUCCUGUUCCACUUGAAAAGUUUGCAGACAAGGUUUUCUAUGUCUGGUUUGAUGCUCCAAUUGGUUACAUUUCUAUCACUGCUGAUCAAGGAGGUCACAAGAUUGGUGAACCAGUUGGUUUGAUUAGAAAGAUUGAAGAUGCUGAAAUUAAGGAAUGGAAAAAGCGUUUUGGAGGUGGUGAAGAUGAAAUCUUCCAAUUGGAUUUGCGUGUUGGUCAAAUUGAAUCCGUUGAAUUACACCCAGAAGCUGACAAGUUAUAUGUCUUUAAUGUAAAGAUUGCUGACACUGUAACUAGAAAGAUUGUUGGUGGUUUGAGAGAAGCUUAUCCAGAAUCUGAAACCUUAAUUGGUAAGAAGGUUGUUGUUGCUUGCAAUUUGGCUGUUGCUAAAUUGAAGGGUGUUGAAAGUGAAGGUAUGCUCUUGGCCUCUAAGCAAAAUGAUGGAGUGACCUCAUUGCUCACACCUUCAGGAGAGGCUCCACUUGGUGCUCAAAUUUAUCCAAAGGGUGCUGCUUUCAAACCAGAAAAGGUGUUGAAGAAGAAUCCAACAAAGAUUAUUUUGGAUUCUAUCAAGAUUGGUGAAAAUAAUGUCCCACUCUAUAAGAAUUUACCUUUGGUUGUUUUCGAUAGUCAAAAGAAGGUAAUUGCUCAAGUUGCUACUGAAAAGGACAUUGCUCAAGGAAGUGGUGUUUUCUAA